AUCCCUUUCCAAGAUAGGAGCUGCUGAGCAGAUCAUGGUAUGACACCCAACGUUGUGUUGUUGGCAGUUGUCCCUUUCCCAUCAUGGGGCUCCCAAGCCCAACUCACGUGAUUGUUUCGCUUCUCAGAUAGCUGUCUGCACGCAUGGCCAAGCCGUGGGAAGCCGUGUGGCAUUAAGCACCGCCAGAUGCGAAAAUGUCGGGGCUAUCAUCGGACCUAUUGCUGGCGAUUCCUCCCAGCACGGCGCAGGCGCUGAUGGUGUCUUCGCCCAGCCGCUCGCCGCGUUCGGCGGCGGUUGGCUCCGCUGAAGUGAGUCCGCGAGGGAGGAGGCUCCGAGCGGCCGUCGACAUCAUCAUCGCGCGAACCGUCGAAUCCUUCUUCGACCUUCCGCCUUCCACCACGCUCUCGUCGCCGCACAAGCCUCGUUCGCGUUCCGGAUCACCCCAGCGUUCCCCGUCGCACAAGUACCAGCAGGAGAAGCAGCAGCCGCUGCAGCAACCGUCGCAGCAGCAACAGCACAAGGGGCAGGGCAGGCAACAGGAGAAUUCCAGACCUUCUCAAGGGCACCGUGCGGGAGACCGAGCCUCAGUGGGAGCGAGGGGAGGAGAAGUGGCGGGUGGGGUAGCGAAUGGCAGUUUCGGCAGCCCCACGAGCGGUGGCGGUGGGCGGAUGACGCUGUUCGCAGGAGUUGCAGGGCGAGAGCCUGGCAGUGGCGAGGAUGGCGAGGCGGAGACGCCCAAGCUUCUUGCCAAGUCACCAGGCCCUUUCUCUCCCCGAGGCCGCGCCCCGUCUUUCCCCAUGGAUGUCGACUUCCCAGCACUGCUUGUCUCUCGCCCACUCCAAGCCUCACCCACACGCGCCCGCUCUCCACCUCCCCCCCUCUCCUCCGGCUCCUCCUCCUUCUCCUCCGCCUCGUCCAUCUCGUCCGCCUUCACCUUUUCCCCCGCCUCAACCCCGCCACCCACGCUCACCGCCCUGCCCUCGUCCAUUGCCUCCUCCUCCUCCCCCUCGCCCUCCUCUUCUUCCUCCUCCUCUGGCACCGCAGCUGCACCUGCCGCGCCCCCCAUGUCUCUCCACCAGCCCCUGUGUUUCCCCGGUGCCCAGCCCAUGCACCCAUCCGAUGACGCGCCUUCCCUCGCGGCUGCCUUCGCUGCAGCCAAGUCCGCGCAGGCUGCGGCCUGCAAGUCCCCCGUCGCCUCCCCUCUCUCAUCCCCCAGUCCCUCUCCCUGCCCCACACCGUCCCGCCGCCGCCUGCCGCCAUUCCCGGAGCCGCCCAUGGCGGCGUGUCUGUUCGACGCCAUGGACAAGCUGCUCUCCGUGUCCACGGGUGCUGCGGAGCUCGCCGCCGCUCCUCCGCCCUCCCUUGCCUCGCUCGCCGCAGACGCUCCUGCGGCCGGCGCUCUGGGCCCUCUCUGGGCCUCAGGCUCGGGAGCAGGCCCUGGGAAGGGGCUGGCAGGAGGGGGGAUGGUGGGGCUGGAAGGGCUCAUGGGCGGCCUUGGCAUGCUUGCUGCCGGCACUAGCACUGGCGCUGGCGCUGUCAGUGCGGGAGGCGGGGGUGGAAGCAAAGGGGCUGGCGGUGGCGGGCCCCAGCCGCGCACUUUGCUGGGCCUGGUGGACCCUCGUGAGGCGUCGACUGCAGUAGCGCCGUCUAAGAGCCGCAGGCAGCUGGAAGCGCUGAGGAAGGGGGCCGCAUCCGGUCAGCUGGGGCUCGUUUCUCGUUCCCUGGAUGGCAGGGGUGCCUCUACCAAGGGGGCAGCAGGCGUGGGAAGAGGAGGGCAGCGGCAAGGGAAAGCAGGGGCGAGAGGCCAUGGUUUGGGGCUGGAAGUGAGCGGGCAGCAGGGGCGGGAUGGGAGCAGUGCGCGGGGUGGUAAGGUGGGUGAGCAGGAGAAUGAUGCAGAGGAUGGGCUGGAUGAGAAGGCAAGGCUUGAGAGGCAGAAGGAGAGGGAGCGGGAGGAGCAUUCACGGCGGGUGGUGGAGGAGCAUGGCAGAGCGGUGGCGGCGGCGGAGAGCAUGUCUCAGGCGGACCGAGUCACCUUCGAUGGGCCGCUCGUGGGAGGGCUGUCCGCGCCUCUGCAGCUGCCCAGCUUCUCGGGCGGAGGGCUGCCGUGGCGCCGCAACAAGGCGCCGCCCCCCUUCGCUGCGGGCGCGCAUGUCGUGCAGGCCUUGCAGCAGGCGGAGCGGGAUGGGGCGGAUGGAUCAGGGGAUACUCGAACCAGUGAAGCUGCAGCAGUCGGGAUUCGGACAGAAGCAGCAACAUUAGGAGCAGAAGCUGCAGCGGCGCAAGUGAGAAGCAGAACGGGCUCAGGAAGCGAGCUAUCGAAUCCCCCUGCCGAGCAGCAACGGCUGGGUGUUGGUGGAGGGGCACAGCUGCCCACCUUGAGCCUUGCCGCUGCCUUCGGGGGGCUUGCCUCCGCAUCUCAAGGGGCAGAUUUGGGAGGAGGGAUUUUUGACCUGAGCGCUGCCAGCGGGGGCGGUAGUGGCGGCGGCAAUGAGGGUGCUGGUAGCAGUGGAGGUGGUGAUGGCGGGUUUAUGGGCGCGUUUGAUUCCCUAUUUAAUGCUUCAUCUUGUGGUGGCAGCGCUGGGGGCUUGCAGGUGCAGCCCCUUCAAACGUUCCAAGUUGAAACCAUGGUGGAUGAGCUGGAGGGGCCAGAAAGGGCGGAGAUGGGGAUCGUGAAGACUGCACAUACAACGAAAGACGAGCGCAGGGAGAGGGAGCGGGAGGAGCAUUCGCGGCGGGUGGUGGAGGAGCAUGGCAGAGCGGUGGCGGCGGCGGAGAGCAUGUCUCAGGCGGACCGAGUCACCUUCGAUGGGCCACUCGUGGGAGGGCUGUCCGCGCCUCUGCAGCUGCCCAGCUUCUCGGGCGGAGGGCUGCCGUGGCGCCGCAACAAGGCGCCGCCCCCCUUUGCUGCGGGCGCGCAUGUCGUGCAGGCCUUGCAGCAGGCGGAGCGGGACGGGCAGACGGCGGUGGUAGGUUUGGGUUCACAGGGGGGCAUAGCAGGUGUGUGCUUGGAUGGAGGAGAGGCAGCUGGCGCAACUGGCGGCGGUGGUGGUGGCAGAGGAGGGAAGAUAAACGCCAGACGGGAAGGAUUGCACAUGGGGCUGGAGGAAGAGGGAGGGGCGGGUACUGUGGCUGCUGCUGCUGCCGCUGCUGGGGGGACAGGUGUAGGUGUUAGAGGUAUUUCUGGUGGGCUGUCGCUAGCGGCGGCAUGGAGUGCAGGGGUGGUGGGAGGGGGGGGCAUGGAGCAGCAGCAAAUGGUGCAGGUGGAGGAGAGUGAGUUGGGUGCUGGGUCUGGCCUCAUGAGUGCCUUCGACUCGCUCUUCUCUGCUUCAGCUGGUGCUGCUACUCUGCCUCACUCACACCAGCCUCUUGGGAGUUUUGGCUUGGGUGGUAUCACAUUGGGCUCCCUGCCUUCAUUGCAGCUGCAGCAGCAGCAGCAGCAUCCACAGCAGCAACCGCUACGUUCGAAGCAGAUAACUCAGGUGCAGAGAAGGAGCAGGGAUGAGGAGGAGGAGGAGGAGGAGGAGGAGGAGGAAGAAGGCGGUGAGAGUGAGCGCAGGGAGAGGGAGCGGGAGGAGCAUUCGCGGCGGGUGGUGGAGGAGCAUGGCAGAGCGGUGGCGGCAGCGGAGAGCAUGUCUCAGGCGGACCGAGUCAUCUUUGAUGGUCCGCUCGUGGGAGGGCUGUCCGCGCCUCUGCAGCUGCCCAGCUUCUCGGGCGGAGGGCUGCCAUGGCGCCGCAACAAGGCGCCGCCCCCCUUUGCUGCGGGCGCGCAUGUCGUGCAGGCCUUGCAGCAGGCAGAGCGGGAUGGGCAGAGUGCGGUGGUAGGUUCUGCAGCACAGGAAGGAGGGGCAAGUGGGGCAACUGGUGGCUGUGGUAGUGGCAGAGGCGAGAUUGGUGCCGGAAGUGAAGGAUUGCAAGUGGGGCUGGAGGAAGAGGGAGGGGCAGAGACACUAGUGGCAGGGGCGGGUGUUAGAGGUAUGUCUGGUGGGCUGUCGUUAGCGGCGUGGAGUGCAGGGGCGGUGGAAGCAGGGGGCAUGGAGCAGCAGGAAACGGUGCAGGUGGAGGAGAGUGAGUUGAAUGCUGGGUCUGGCCUCAUGAGUGCCUUCGACUCGCUCUUCUCUGCUUCCGCUGGUGCUGCUACUCUGCCUCACUCACAGCAGCCUCUUGGGAGUUUUGGCUUGGGUGGUAUCACAUUGGGCUCCCUGCCUUCAUUGCAGCAGCAGCAGCAGCAUCCACAGCAGCAGCAGCAUCCACAGCAGCAGCAGCAGCAGCCACAGCAGCAACCUCAACGUUCUAUGCAGGUUGCUCAGGUGCAGAGGGGGAGCAGGAAUGAGGAGGAGGAAGAGGAGGAAGAAGAAGAAGGCGGUGAGAAUGAGCGCAGGGAGAGGGAGCGGGAGGAGCAUUCGCGGCGGGUGGUGGAGGAGCAUGGCAGAGCGGUGGCGGCAGCGGAGAGCAUGUCUCAGGCGGACCGAGUCACCUUCGAUGGGCCGCUCGUGGGAGGGCUGUCCGCGCCUCUGCAGCUGCCCAGCUUCUCGGGCGGAGGGCUGCCGUGGCGCCGCAACAAGGCGCCGCCCCCCUUUGCUGCGGGCGCGCAUGUCGUGCAGGCCUUGCAGCAGGCAGAGCGGGAUGGGCAGAGUGCGGUGGUAGGUUCUGCGGCACAGGAAGGAGGGGCAAGUGGGGCAACUGGUGGCGGUGGUGGUGGCAGAGGGGAGAUUGGUGCCGGAAGUGAAGGAUUGCAAGUGGGGCUGGAGGAAGAGGGAGGGGCAGGGACACUAGUGGCAGGGGCGGGUGUUAGAGGUAUGUCUGGUGGGCUGUCGUUAGCGGCGUGGAGUGCAGGGGCGGUGGAAGCAGGGGGCAUGGAGCAGCAGGAAACGGUGCAGGUAGAGGAGAGUGAGUUGAAUGCUGGGUCUGGCCUCAUGAGUGCCUUCGACUCGCUCUUCUCUGCUUCCGCUGGUGCUGCUACUCUGCCUCACUCACAGCAGCCUCUUGGGAGUUUUGGCUUGGGUGGUAUCACAUUGGGCUCCCUGCCUUCAUUGCAGCAGCAGCAGCAGCAGCAUCCACAGCAGCAGCAGCAGCCACAGCAGCAACCUCAACGUUCUAUGCAGGUUGCUCAGGUGCAGAGGGGGAGCAGGAAUGAGGAGGAGGAAGAGGAGGAAGAAGAAGAAGGCGGUGAGAAUGAGCGCAGGGAGAGGGAGCGGGAGGAGCAUUCGCGGCGGGUAGUGGAGGAGCAUGGCAGAGCGGUGGCGGCGGCGGAGAGCAUGUCUCAGGCGGACCGAGUCACCUUCGAUGGGCCACUCGUGGGAGGGCUGUCCGCGCCUCUGCAGCUGCCCAGCUUCUCGGGCGGAGGGCUGCCGUGGCGCCGCAACAAGGCGCCGCCCCCCUUUGCUGCGGGCGCGCAUACGGCUGUGGAGGGGGGCAGCAGCGAGGGCAUCAAGAGUUCAAGCAGUCACACGAGAACGGAGCCGUCAGGAGCGCACAAUGUGCUGUCGCCCCCAGGUGCCAGGGCAGCUGAGACAGGGCACUCAGGCACAGCAGCUGUCACGUCACCUCCUCUCAGCCUGGCUGCUGCGUUCGGAGGGCUGGCAGGGCUGUCCUCAGGAGCAGGCGGGGAGGGGGAGGGCGUGCGAGGCAGCAUGGCGAGGGCACCUGGGGGGGGCAUGAGCGGAGGUGGUGGUGGUGGGCCUGCUGGGGGAGGACUCGGGCUCAUGGGCGCGUUUGACUCGCUGCUCUCUGCGUCCUCAGGGGGGCCAGCUGCUGUGAGCGGGCAGCAUAGCAUGGCAGCGGGCCAGGCUCAGCCUGGCACGCUCUCGCCUGUUCCCGUCCAUGCGCCCACUGUGUCUACCUCCUCACCUAUCCCCCACUCCACAGCCCAUUCCACCACUCCAUCCCUCCCGCCCGCGCCCAUCCUCUCUCCCUUCUCCAACCAGCCAGCGGCCAGGGACUCCCUGGAGGCCAUCUUCCAGGUGUCCAAGCUUCACGGGGGCGUCUCGCCCUCUGUGGAUAACCGCCACCUGCUCGCCUUCCCGUCGCCGCGCAUCCACACCCCCUCACUCCUCUCUGGAGCCCCCGCACACGCUGGACCAGACCCGGGCAGCGCCAUACACGGCGCUGCAAGGCUGGGAGCAGGCGUGCCUCCGCUGAUCCUUACUCCCUUCUCCAAUGCGCCAGCAUCGGCCAACUCCCUGGAAGCGCUCUUCCAGGUGUCGAAGCUGCAUGGAGGGAUCUCGCCCUCCAUGGAUAAUCGCAACCUCGCAUCCUUCCCCUCGCCCCCCCUCCACAAGCAACAACACCCACACCCAACUGCCGCUGCUUACAAGACCCCCCCAGGGGGUGCAGCGAGGAGCCUUGGCCUCCAGUCCACAGCUCAAUCUGUGUUUCCACGCUCCACGUCUGCCCCCCCCGCCCACCCUGCCAUUGACGCUGCUGCUGACGUGGCGUUGCAGGGGCUGCCCCUGCGCAGAACAGGCUCCGCUGAGCUGCAGCCACUCUCCCCACGCUCAGCUGAGGCCGCUGUGAAAGCUCCUUCUGCAGUUGCUGCUUCUGCCCCGACCGCUUCUGCUCUUGCUGCUCCCUUGGAUAGGGUGUCUGCCUCCUCUUCCCCUGCAUCCUUGUCUGUGUGCACUGUCCCCAUCUCCUCAUCGGCACCAUUGGCAGCAACAGCAACAGCAACAGCAGAAUUGACAGAAGCAGCUGCAGGAGCAGAGUCAGAGCCCUUGUCAUCCCUGGCAGCCAAGUUUGCAUCGUUGCUUCUAGCUGGGUCAGGGCCAGGCCUUCCGCUCGACCCCAACCCAUCCCCCCAUGCCCGCUUCGCCAUGCAAACUGGCUUCCCCCUCUCUCCUCACCUCCCCUCAACCUCCCCCCGUCUGUCCACACCAGCAGCCAGAACCCCUAGUCCGCAGCUAGCCCUCAGUCCGAAGAUGGCUCUGGCAACUUUGGUGGGGCACCUGGGUCCAGUAAGCCCUCUUUGCGUUCCCUCCCCUGCCGCUCGCCCCGCCCCUGCUCUUCACCCCUCUCCGCCUGCCUCUCCUCUCGAAAAGCUCUUCAAUUUAUCCAAGGGCGCGGGCGCCGUGCCUCUGUCCCCUACGCUGAGCCCCAGUGCGUCCCGCCCGAAGACCCUUCUAGGCCUUGUUCAUCCACGGAAGUCCCCUUGCCCCUCCUCUUCCAUCUCCUCUUCUCCCUUCUCCCCUGCCGUCUUCCCUUCGGCAUGUGGCUCUGGAAGCAGGGAUGUCAGUGAGGCUGGCAACAGGCCAGGGGGGAGUGGAGGGAAGAGCAGCAGUGCGAGGGCAGCCGCUGUGGCAGGCGAGGGUGCUGCUGGCGCUACCACCUCAGAAGGAAACGGUGCCAUGAGAGGGUCUGCUCUGAGACCCAGGCAAAAGGGCGGCAGCCAGAAGCAGCAGCAGCAGCAGCAGCAGCAGCAGCAGGUGGCGCAGGUGGAGCAGUCGUCAGAGGUGUACAGGCACGAGUGUGUGGGGCUCACUGACUUGGGGCCGCUAGGGGGAGGCGGGCAGGAGGAGAGGCAGUUCCAGCUAGCGCUCCCCAACUUCAAGCAGAACGGGCCGGGCUUCCUCAGGCGCGGCCCACGGGACACGGGCAGCAGUGCUCCCGCGGCAAACUCUGGUGCUGCUUCCUCCGCCACCCCCCUUGCCUCGUCACACCCCGCGUUGCAACGAGGAGAGGACAGGGAAGGGGGGAGCGAGGGCGAGGGUGGAGGCGAGGGGGAGGGUGACCUUUCUGAGUUGUGGAUGCGAGCGCCCACUCUGGCGCCCGAGAACUGGGACAUUGACAGCGACCCAGGUGCAGGGGCAUGUGCGAGUGGGGCAGGUACAGGCGACUGGGGCAGCAGCGGUAAGCUGGACAAAGUUGUGGAGGAGGGGCGAGAGAAGGAGGAGGAUGGGGAUGAGGAGGGACGGGGAAGGCAGCUGCAUGGGAAAGAGGAGGCGAAAGAGGAGGGUAUGGGGGAAGGGGGUAAGGAGGAUGGUGGAGAGGGCAAAGCGGAGGUGGAUGUGGAGCGGAUGAUGGGCAUGCUGCAGCAGCUGCAGACGCCGCUCGCCGACGUGAGGGCAGCGCUCGUGGCGGGGGGGAGAGGUGCGGAGGAGUUUGAGGCUGCUGCACGCGUUCUAGAGGCGGACUUGAGAAGGUUCCUGGAAGCGAGACAGCACACGAAGGACAAGGCAGAUGGUGGAGUGAAAGGGUUGGGGGUUUCUAGGGAAGGGAACGGUGCUGGGAUGGUGGAGCCUGAGAGCAAUAGCGGAGGGGCAGGGGAGGAUGCGGUGGAGAAGGAGGUCGAGGCGGUGGUGGCUCCGCCUGUGUUGGGGGGGGAGAGCAGGCAGGGGCAGCAGCAGCGGAGCAGACCUAUUGGCGAGGGUGGCUCAGAGGGGGGUAGAGUAGCAGCUGAUCCAAGCAAGAGCAGUGGUGCCAGUAUUGCUGCACAAACAGCUGGGAACGGCAGAGGAGGAGGAAGCGAGGUCGUGGGAGUUGGAGAAAGGAGGAGGAAGGAGGAUACCAAAAGUCAUGCAGAUGAGGUAUUUGAUGUGUCAAAACAUGACCUACUUGUGCGAGGCAAGCAGGGCAAGCAGCAGGGGAAACAGCAGGGGAAACAGCAGGGGAAGAAGGGGAAGGAGGCGGGCGUGGUGGCAGAUACGGCAUCAGGUGUGGCUCCAGCAGAGCUGGAGGCGGCUCUGAAGCGCGAGCUCCAAGCGCAGGCCAAGGGACAACCCGAACCAGGCGAGGUGGAUGCAUCAGAUGCAGCAACCCAGGCACGAAGCCUCAAGGGGGGGGUGGGCAGAGCAGGGCCGGGGAGGAGAGGCGAGGCAGUGGAGGUGCCAGUGGUGGGGGGCAAGGUGGUGCUGAGCGGCAAGAUACUCGUGGGGCAGCACAUCCAGUUCUCUGGCACCUGGUCCCCACUCGGUCUGCCCCAGUCCGCAUCGCUCUCCUCCACUGCUGAUUCCGCCUCGCCCGGUCCAGAGGACAUUGGGUCUGGCGCCCAUGCUGCCGCUCAAGGAGGUGCAGAGUCGCCAGUAGGAGGGGGCGAUGGGCAGCAGGACGUGCAGCAGCAGCAGCAGCAGCAGCAGCGGCGGCGGCGGCACAGGCAGCGGACGUUGCGCAAGCAGGAUAGGAGCUUAGAGAGCCUGAGCGAGGCGGAGGUGGAGAGGGAUAGGCGGAGGAGGAGCGGGCGCAUGGUGAGCAGCAUCAGCGUGGGGGGGAUGGGUGGGAACCGGCAGGGCACUCCAGGCAGCAGCACGGGGAGCGGGCGGCAGGAUGCGAGAGAUAGUGCAAGGGGUGGCCCUAGGGACAGUGUUAAGGACGCAGGAAGGGAGGGGUCGAAGGAGAGUGGUCGGCGGAAGAAAGUGAGUGGGAAGGACGAGAAGGGCAGCAAGGAAGGGCGAGGGCAGGAAUGGAGUGGGAAGGAAGGGAAGGGAGCGGGUGAGGAGAUGCAACCAGACAGUGGCUUGUCAGGGGGGAGGGCAGAGGAGAAGGCAGGGGAGCGUGCAAAGGAAAAGGCAGGGGAAAAGGCAGGGGAGAAGGCAGGGGGCGAGGGUGCGGAUGAUGGGGAGGAGGUGUUCUAUGAUGCGAGGGAGGUGGUGAGCUCGCCCGCCUCAGAGGACGACAGAGGCAGCCACCGCUCCCACAGGCACGCCCCAGCGAGAAUGGCCUCUCCUAGCGCUCCCUCCGCUGCUGCUGUGGAUGCCACCGCGCCCGGUGUGGGCAUUGCGGAGGAGAAGGGGGCAGCGAGGCACGGGAAGGAGGGAAAGAGUGGUUCAGGUUCAGGUGUUGCAAGGACGCGUUCCGCGGUGAAGGGGAAGGGUGGGAGCGGCAGCAGCAUUGGAAGGAGAAAGGAGUCAAAGGCAGGGGAGGAGAAGGGAGCAGCUAGGGAGCUGAAAGGUGCUGGCAGUGGUGAAGGCGCAGCAGGGGGAGGGGAGAGCUGGUCAGCGCAGGGUGAUACGAAGGGUGGCAGUCAGUCCAGCGGUGCUGGCCGCUCAGAUGAGGCAGGGAAGAGCGGGCAGCAUGCAGACAAGGGUGGCGGGAAACGCGGUUCAGGGGACAGCCCAAGAGGUGGGAGGAAGGAGAAGGAACCAGAGGCUGUUGGUGAGCGACGCAAGCCCAAGAGCAAAGGCAGCAAGAAAGGAGGGGCAGGGGGGCGCACAGCGGCAGGGGCAUCGUCAUUAGGGAAGGCAGAUACGGGGGCCAGUCCCACAGUUUCCUCGCCAGCCUCGUCCUCCACGUCCUCCCUCUCACUCGCGCGUCCAGACAGCAGUGGGCGGAGCAGCAUGGGUGCGGGGCGUGGGGUGGCGUGUGCGUCCAUCCGCCGCACGGUGUCGGACCUCACAGAGGAGAUCAGCGCCCUCAAGGCCGCCACCCUCCUCAUCGCCACCCCUGCUGCCGCCGCCGCCGCCGCUGCCGCUGCUGCUGCUGCGGCACCUGGCGCUUGUGAUUCGGGUCCAGCGAGCAGCAGUGGGGAGGGUGAUGGGUUGAGUGGUGGAGGCAGCGUCCAAGCAUCGCAGCUGCCACAGCUGUUCACGCCUGCGUGCAGCACGGCAGCAGCGCGCAAGGCCCACCGCACGGCUGCUGCCAUCUCGGCCCUGCGCGAGGCAGCUGGGCGGGAAGGCCCCCUGCCUGCUCUUGUCUGCGCUCCUCCCACUCUGCCCUGUGGGGACGCUCCCACACGAGAAGAAGCGUGGAGGCGGCUGGGCAGCAGGUGGAAGGGGCAGGACGACCUGGCAAUCGGCACCGAGACAGCUUCUGCUUCCGCAGCUGGAGCUGUAGCAGGGGCCCCCCUGCCGUCCCCUGCGUCGCUGGUCCCACGCGCCGUGCCAGGCUUUGUGGCCAUCGACCUGCCCCUUGCGGCGGGCCCCUUCUCGUCGGCGCCCCACAGCGCCACGGCCAUCUGGCACAUGCUGCAGCUCAACGCCGCGCCGCUGCUCUCCGGCCCGCCCACUGCCCUCGUGUCACAGUCGUGCUCGCUCUCCCCCCUGCACUCGUCGGGAAUGGGCCUGGGGUGUGAGCCGCGGUGGGGGUCGGGCACGCUGAGGAGCAGCGUGGAUGCGCUGCUGCAGCUGGGGCAGGACGGGGGCGACCUGGACUGGGCAACCGGCACCACUGGCUUAACUGGUGGGGGUAAUGCAGCGGACGGGGCAGGUGCUGCUGGGGCGCCUCAGCUGAGCCCUUCCGUGCGCAGCCCGCAAGGAGGGGUGGCAGGGUGGCGGCGGCUGGUGGUGCCGAUACACCAGGGGCUGGGGGACAAGGAGGACUACGAGGAGGGGCAGGUGUGCCCGCUCUCGCGCUCCAACAGCGCCAAUGUUGAGGCGCUCCUCGCGGAUGCACACACGGCCGCCGCUGCUGCUGCUGCUCUGUCUGCUGCCGCUGCUGCUGCUGGUGCUGUUGGUAGUGCGUUGGGUGGCACACAGGAGGGGCUGAAUGCCGGUGCUGCUUCCCGUGAGGGCCAAUCGAAGGAGUACGGCAUGGGGUAUGCAGACAGCACGAGUGGGAGAAAGGGCAGGGGAGGAGGAAAAGGAGGAGGUAGUGGUGGUGGGGCAUCCAGGGGGAAGGGGAAGCGUAAGGAGAUGGCUAUAGCAGAGGAAGAGAGUGGGGCGGAGGAGAGCCUGCAGGAGAGUGCAGCGGACAGCGACAGCAGCCUGGUGUUGGCUGCGCCUGUUGCGGCGGGGUCAGCCGGGCCGACCAGCCGGCUGCGCCCCAUGAAGACAGCCCCUGCGGGCGCGCUGGCGUCACUGGCCAGCUUCUUCUCCUCCAAGGCCAAGCACACCCGCUCUGGCAGCUCCGGAGGGGACGGCGGCUCUGCCCACAAUGCGCGCGCUGCCACCCCUGCCAGCGGUGGGAGCAGUGGGGGCGGUGGCAUGGCGAGAGAAGGAGUGGGCUCAGCAGGAGGCAGUGGGGGUGCGUGGAGUCCGGCAGAGGCGGCUGUCAGGUCCACACACCCUCACGCAUACCCCCCUGCUGCUCAAGUCCUCACUCCUCUGCCCCUCGCACCUGGUGCCGAUGCUGCUGCACUUUCCGUUUCUUCUCCUCCCAGCAAGACCCCCCCUCGUUCCCCUCCGCUGCUGUCAGCAUCCACUUUGGCGCCCCCAGGGGCAGCUGGGCCUGCUACCAGCGUUGCCACUGCCUCUGCUGCAGGAGGCGCCAGUGGCUCGUAUGGGGAAAGGCAUGCUGUGGGAGCAUCAAAUGCAGGGGACAGCAGCGCAGGCGCUCAUGACCCCUCCAGCAUUGCUGCCGGCAGCCCCAGCAUCUCCCUUUCGCGCGGCCUCUCCCCUCUCUCCCGCCCUGCCACUUAUGCCUCUGCUGUUGCUGGUGCAGCUGCUGGGACGGCAGGAGCAGGAGCAGGGGCAGGAGGGGAUGGCAACCGCAGUGCAGCAGGGUCGAGUCCUGAAGACGGGGCAGCAGCAGGGCAGCAAGCAGCACGGCCUGGCUCUUAUGUGGCGGAGGAAGACUGGAGAGACGCGGGCAGCGGCAGCAACAGCAGCAGCCCGGUGCGUUCGAUCCGGUCUUGCCAGUCGAUGGGGAGUGAGGUGCACGUGCAGCAGAUCAUCCACCACCACCACCAUCACCACCACCACCACCAUGCCCUCCUCCCGUUCCGCCGCAAGAAGGGGCGCAAGCAUGCAGGGACGGAGACAGUGACGACAACGGUGGAGGAGAUGGGUGCGGAGGGGAGUGUGGGCAGCAUGUCAGGGUCGCCGUCCAGCAGCAGCUUCGUGAGUGCGAGCAGCUUCAAGAGCCAGGGCAGUGUGGCGCAGAUCAUUCCGCACCAGAGGACCAACAGCAGCGGAGCCAGCAGCACGCGCGGCGCCUCGCCCGCCAGCAGCAGGGCCUCCACUGCUGCCGGUGCGGGUGGGGCUGCCGCUGCUGGCGCUGGCAGCAGCGGGCGGGGCGGCAGCAGUGGUGGUGGCAGCAACGGGGGGGGGUCACGGUCUGCAGUUCAGGAGGUGGGAGCAUCGCUGUCGAGUGGAGGCGAGUCAGAGGCGGACAGCGACAUGGACGUGAUAGAUGAGCAGGCCCUUCUAGCAGCAGCCAAGCGCACAGCGGGCCUCACCUGCUGUGUGCGCCCCAGGGUGUUUGACUGAUGCGGGCUUGCAGGGCAAAGGGUGCAGCCAUGCCCCCAUCGCAGGUCUGCAAUUGCAGUUUAGGCUCGUCUUGUGAUAGGGAGGCCAGUGAGCCUUGGUGGGGCGUAUGGAAGUUGCUGCGUUUGGGCAAGGGGAUUCAGUAUAUAGGAGUGGAGCAUAAGGGUUGAUGGCGAGGGUAAUGGGUACUGCCAUAUUGACAAUGAGAAGCCUCUACGUUUUCCUAUCUAUCGUAUGGUACUAUUUAUGUAGCAACUGUGGGUAGAUGCCUGCUUCUGGUAGUUUUUGGUAGUGCAUGAUUGAGCUUUCAUAUUCAAAUGCCACAGCACCCUGUACUGAUAGG